AUGGAGACUGGUGAAGCGGCACAGAUGCUUAUCCCGAACUUAUGCUUCCGGGAUGUGUUUUUGGCAUUUCGAAAAGCCGAGCUGAGCGAGUACCCGAGCAAGGAAGCGGCCCAAGGGGUCGACGACGGUGCUCCUGGGAUCCUCCAGCAAGUGGCGCAGAGCGAUCUUCGCGCGCAGCACUUUCCGGAAUGUGGGUCAGACUACCUCAGUCCAGACAUCGAUGAAAAGGCUAUUCGAGCUGAGAAGCCGGAGGAGAUGUGCCUGGCCAUCGCCAGGGCGAAGGCCGACGCCCUCGCUCCGAAAGUAAAGGACAGAGACGUCUUGCUGGUUUGCAUGGACCAGGUGGUGAGUUGCGACGGGCAGAUAAGAGAAAAGCCGGAAACUGAAGCAGAGGCGCGGCAGUUCCUGGAGUCCUACAGGCAAGGCAAGCAUGCCAGCUUCAUUAACGGAAUGGUUGUCAUGAAUGCAUCAACUGGCAGGCCCCCGUGCGCCUCAUCCUUAAACUCAUCAAAGGCAUUCUGGAAAAUCUUUCCGGAUGAGGUCGUAGAUGCCUUGAUCAAGAAGGGCGACUUGUUCACGUGCGCUGGCGGAGUCGUGGUUGAGGAUGAGCUGCUUCAACCUUACCUACGUUGUAUAGAGGCCCUUCCCGCUGCUGUGGUGCCAGGUAGCCUUGAGAAUCGUUGCCAGGGAACGGAAGACUCCGUGCAGGGCCUUCCUCUGAAGCCGCUGCGCAUGCUGCUGGCACGUGCUCAAGCUCCGGCUGUGACACACGUCAUCUUUGACAUGGAUGGGUUGCUCCUGGACACGGAAAGCUCUUACAGCGUAGCUCAGCAGGAAAUCCUUGACAGGUGGAAUAGGUGCGGCCUCAGCUCCAGUCCCGGUGCCAAGGCCAUGGAAAGCGGCUUCGAGCUGGCGAACCACCAGGUGGCUGGGCUGGUAUUUCUUGUGCCACUUCUAGUUGCUCUAGCGUUCUAUGUCCGGAGAUCACUUCCGGGCAAGCUGAAGAACCGAGGGAGCUUUGAACAUGAGGAUCCUGCAAACGCACAGUCCAUGUCAGAGCGGCGGCGUGACUUCUGCCGCAUUGUUGCAACAAAAAGAGACCUUUGGGUCUUCACGGUGGAGGAGCGCCAAGCAGGUCGAUUCCUCCCAAUCGAUUUUCCGCCGGGCAUGAGCCCAGAGACUGGCGACCCAGCUGCGGAGAAGGUCUGCUAUCAGAAGCUCAAAUGGUGGUUGCAGCAAGAACUGGGGCGCAUCCCUGGUGCAAUCGAUCUUGGAAUGACAUCGCAGUGGGCGGUGGUGGAUCGAAUCAUGUAUUUCAUCAGUGCCAGCCCCGGCUUUGACUUUGUGAUGCAACACAAAGUCCCCCCCCGGAUUCUGCAGCCGAAGUACCUUGUGCUCAUUUCGAAGGGUGGACAAGUUCGAGUUGCGUGGUUUGCGUUCGUGAGCAACAAUCCAGAGCCGGGUGUUGCCUGCUUCUGCAUCCGCUCGCAGGCACUUGAUGCUUGCCAGAUUUGCAUUGACGAGCUGGAGCUGUCGGAUCUGGUCUCGGCCGAAGACUUUCUCGCAGAGCGAGAGAGGAGGCUGGAGGUCCUUUUCGCAAAAGCGGCCCUCAUGCCUGGAGUUGAGCGACUGGUGCGACACCUUCACAGGAGCGGCGUACCGAUGGCCGUGGCAACGUCCUCCCAUCGUCGCCACUAUGAUCUGAAGACCAGUCUACAUAGAGAACUCUUUGGUCUCAUGCAUCACGUUGUGACGGGGGACCAGGUCAGCAAAUCCAAGCCGGAUCCGCAAAUUUUUAACCAUGCUGCCAGCCUUUUCGAUGGGAUGCCAGCAACUGAUACAAUCCUCGUCUUCGAGGACGCCCCGAGCGGUGUAGAGGGCUGCUUGUGCCAUCGACCGGUGUCCCAUAUCGCUUUGAGCCCGAUGUUGGCACUGCCAGCUCCGGGGAUCGGAGAUGAUGUGGCGCAGGUUCUUUGUGGCAUCCUGCUGCGGUCGCGAAGACUAGAGCCGGCGGGCCAUGCCUUUCAUGCAAUCCACGAGAAGCACAAGAUCAAGGGGCCCAAGCAGCGUGAGAAUCGACAGAAGGACGCUCUCAGCGACGAAGAAUCACCUCCGCCGGAUUCCUGGAGGAAGAAGAAGAAAGAGGGCAGCGGACGAACGGGUGCGUUAAGGCUGAGCCCUCUGCUGACUGGUGAGAACUUGUACACGUUGCUGGAAGUUAGCGAGGCAGCCUCUGUGGAGCAAAUCAAGAAGCAAUACCGCAAGCUGGCUCUUCAACAUCACCCUGACAAGCAAGGGGAUACCGAAGAGAAAGGAAGCGGUUUGAGUGAGAAGGACCAGCACUUCAUCAAGAUACAGGAGGCGUAUGAGGUUCUAUCGGACCAGGCGAAGCGGCGGCAGUACGACUCAACACUUGACUUCGACGAUGCGAUUCCGGAGGAGGUCUCUGAGUCGGGCGGUUUCUUUGACACCUUUGGGCCGGUCUUCAGACGAAAUGCACGCUGGAGCACGAGGUUUCCUGUGCCCGAAAUCGGUGACGAGAACACGGACAUGGUAAAGGUUCACAAGUUCUAUGACUUCUGGCUAUCCUUCGACUCCUGGAGAGAUUUCUCCAUGCACGAUGAGUACAAUCUCGAUGAUGCAGAAUUCCGCGAGGAACGGCGGUGGAUGGAACGACAGAAUCAACGACUUCGCAAGAAGUACCUUGAGGCUGAGAGGAAGAGAAUUAUGAGACUUGUCGAGACGGCAGAAAGACUAGAUCCUCGAAUACGGGCUGAAAGAGAGGCUCGUGAGAAGAAGAAGCGUGAGGAGAAGGAGAAGAGAGCGCGAGCGAAGCAGGAGGAGCAGGAAGCAAAGCAAAGAGAGGAGGAGGAAAAGAAGCGAAAGGCAGAACAGGAAGAAGCCGAGAGGGUGGAGAAGGAGCGCGUGUUGCGCGAGCAGCGGAAGCAGAACAAGCAGGUGGCCAAGACCUUGAGGCAGCGCUUCAAAAAGAUUGUGCAGGGGAAGUGCACUCUGCAGCAGUUGGAGAUCGAGGAGCUUCAAGACUUCUGUCUCCUGAUGGAUGCGGAGAAACUGGAAGACCUGUGCAUUCAUCUUGAGGGAAUAGCGGAUGUCAAAGAGUCGGAGGCCUUCGUUCGCUCGGAGCUUUGUGAGGCACGAAAGCGACGCACAGACGAGGAGCGGCAGCGACGGGAGAGGCAGAAGCUCGAAGCAAAGAAGCGCGAGGAAGAGAAGGCCACAGAAUCAAAGGAGGCGGCCCCGUGGGCUGCAGACGAACUAGGUCUUCUAGCAAAAGGGCUGCAAAAGUUUCCAGGCGGAAUGGGUGGGCGCUGGAGCUUGAUCACGAAGAUGCUGAACGACAGCGGCUACCCUCGAGCGGAGAAAGAAGUGGUCGAGAAGACCAAGGAGCUCUCUGAGGGCCAGUCGCUCCGCUCCAUGGGCUCCAAACUCGCCAGCGACUUCCAGGCGCCCAAGGCCAAAGCCAAGCCCAAGGCUGCACCACUCCAGGCGGAAGCGGAAGAUUCCAAAACUGCUGCACGUUCUGCAACAUCCGCAGAGAAGUCUGAACCGUCAAAGGAUGUGGAAUGGACAGCAGAGCAACAGCAGGCACUUGAGAAGGCACUGCAAAGGCACCCAGCAAGCUUGGACAAGAACGAGCGCUGGAAGCUCAUUGCGGCUGAGGUCCCGGGCAAAACAAAAGCCCAAUGCGUGGAGCGGUUCAAGUUCUUACGAGAGCAGCUCAGCAAGGCCUGCGGCUGA